UCAACGGCAUAAUGAUCGGCUUCAUCUUAGUGAAUGCCAUUUCGCUGGGCAUCGAAGCAGAAUGGAAUGACGUCCCAAAGAAGGAAUGGAAGACGCUGUACUACUUUUUGAAAGCUGUGGACUGGAUCUGUGCUAUGGUAUUCUUCAUAGAGAUUAUCCUAAAGUGGGCAGACGACUUCUGGACUUUCUGGAAAAGGAAGUGGGACAUCGCUGACUUCCUCAUCACCGUCUUGUCAUUUGUACCAACCCUCAUGAUGACCAUUGGAUCAAACGUCGGAACCAUGGAGGUUUUCCGUGUCUUUAAAGAACUUCGCCUGCUCCGCACCUUCAAGACAGUUGCCAGGUCCCGCAGAGCUCAGUUUGUUGCGCAAACUAUCUACCAAACCACGAAGGAUCUUAGCCCGUUUCUGGUGUUCCUGCUGGUGUUGCUCUUCGUCUUUUCUGAGGUGGCAGUCGAACAGUUUCACAAAUACCCGAAGGAGUCAGACGACAGGAACUACUUUAAUGACAUAGCGAUGACUAUGUGUACGCUGUCCAUCAUCUUCACAUUUGACCACUGGACGGACGUGCUGCGCCACAUCGUCAAGAAAACUCCGGAAGAAGAUCAUCCCUACUGGACAGGCUUCAUCGUUCUGUGGCUUGUGAUAGCAAGCAUCUUCAUCAGCAACAUGAUGCUGUGUAUCGUAGUCAAAAAUGUUCAAAGCUUUCGGACACACCUGGAUAAGGAAAACAAAGGGGUCAGGGUGAAGGCUGAAAAAGACAUCGCCAUAGCCAAAAGAGUGCAACGGUCAGUGGAGUUAGCAGAGGCUCGAAGGGCAGGGAGGGAGAGCCCUGCAUCUGCUGAAGAGGACAGUCCAGACUGGGAGAACUUGAGGCAGUACAUACAGACUGAAGGAAGGCUAUGGGACCAGGACAGACUCUUGAGGUUCUUUGAGCUGAUCGAGGACCUGCAGCGCCAUGCCGAGAAGACAGAGAGGCUUCGCCAACACUUUGAGCUGUGCCUCCAGCGCUUUGAGCUGCAUGUCAGUGAUCGCCUGAACAUUUCCAUGAAUUGAAUGUUUUUUGGUUUUUUUUGAUAUUGUGUGAUGCCAUUCGCUG